AUGGCAAACAACAAUGUCAGAAUCAUCCACUUCUCCGGCGAAGCAAUAGAAACCACUGUCACCAGCAGGGCCUCCGUCGUCGACAACUGGGUCCAAUCCAUUCCUGCAGGCCGGAAACUUAUCGUGGGCCUGGACUGUGAGUGGAGGCCCAACACCACCCCUUUGAUGAACAACAAGACAGCUCUGCUUCAGCUCUGCGUGGGAACCAAAUGCCUCAUCCUCCAGCUGUUCUACCUCGACUACAUUCCCCAGUCCCUCAAGGAUUUCCUCCGUGACCCGAAUCACACUUUCGUCGGCGUCGAGGUGGAGCGCGACGUCGCGAAACUCGGUGCUGAUUACGGGCUGAGCUGCACUUCUGUGGUUGAUGUUCGUGAGGUCACUCUGGCGAAAUGGCCGAAUAUAUUCUGGAGGAAACCUGGGCUGAAAGAUAUUGCUAAGAAAGUUGCUGGGAUUAGUAUGCCGAAGCCGAUGAAUGUGUGCAGGAGUGAUUGGCAGCAGAGGAUUCUUGAGGAGAAGCAGAUUGAGUAUGCUUGCAUUGAUGCUUUUGCUUCUUGUAGGACUGGUCAUGUUCUGCUUAAGGAUCGUUGA